UUUAACAGCAGAACAUGUUGUUAAUAGGCUACUAGGUCUAUUGAGACUGCAGUUUUCUUGUGUUUGGUGUAGGCUACGAUGGAAAAUACAAGACUGAAAUCUAAUUUAAACUUAAUUGCGCGAUGAAACCUUCACCACUUGUCUAUAUUCAAUUCGUGGCCGUAUUCCUACCCUCAGGGCAAAUGGGGUUAAUCUAGUCAGUAGGUCAAGAGCUUACUACCAGUCUGAUGAUUAUGUCCCUAACCCAACACAGACUCUGCUGUCUGUAACAUUAAACGAUACUGCGCGGUUAAUGACAAGAUUCAAGGAUAGCAAGAAUGAAAAACGUAAUAUUUACAGCGCUUCUUUCGGUCAUUGCUGUGGUGUCAGGAUACGUGGAGGAACUCGAUGACAAGUUUAAGGAAUACAGACAGAAUGAACUCUGGCUGGUGGAGUUUUAUGCUCCAUGGUGCACAUACUGUCACACAUUUGAGCCAAUAUGGUAUGAAGUCGGUGCAGAGCUGAAGAGUCUGGGCUCUCCUGUUAAUGUCGGCAAGAUUGAUACCACACUGCACACAAGUAUUGCUUCAGAGUUUAAUAUUCGUGGAUAUCCAACCAUAAAACUGUUUAAAGGAGAUCUGUCUUUUGACUACAAAGGGCCGAGGACAAAGGAUGCUAUUAUUGAAUUUACCAAUAGAGUUUCAGGUCCUGUGCUAAGACCACUCUCUAGUGUUCAGUUGUUCCAGCAUGUGAUGAGUCGUCAUGAACUUAUCUUUGUUUACAUUGGAGGGGAGUCGUUUCUUAAGAAUGAAUACUAUAAAGCUGCAACCGAGUAUAUUGUCCACACUUAUUUUUUUACUGCAUCUGAGAAAGUCCUUCCAAAGGCAGUCACUCUGCAGGAUGUUCCCGUUGUUGCUGUAUUCAAAGAUGGGACGUACUACCUCUACAAUGAAUUUGAUGGAGAUCUGUCUUCCUGGAUAAAUCGAGAACGUUUUCCCUCUUACUUCCAAAUCGAUAGCUUUAGUCUGUACCAGAUGGGAGAACAAAGUAAACUUGUGGCAUUGGCAGUAGUAGAUGAGAAAAAUCCAUCUGAAGAAAGCAUUCGCUACAAAACUCUGAUGGAAAGGCUGUCUACUGAAUACAGAGAUCAUUAUAAAAGGGAUUACCAGUUUGGUUAUAUGGAUGGUAAUGAAUAUAUUAACGGUUUAAUUAUGGGAGAAGUUGCGAUGCCCUCCAUAAUUGUGCUGAAUAUGACUAUUGAUGGAUACUGGCUACCAGAAAGUAAGAUUGAGACCAUCGAGGAUUUACUUCUCUUUCUCAACAGUGUUCUGGAUGGCAGUGCUACGCUACUUGGAGGAAAUGGGUUUUUGCAGUGCACUAAGAGAAUUCUCUAUAAAGCGAAGUCUACUGUUGUGUUAAUGUUCCAGACAGCUCCGGUCUUCUCCUGUUUUGUGGUUGGACUGCCUGUAGGUAUAGUUGUAAUGGUUAUCUGGGGCACAUGUACUGCUGUACCAGCAGAUGAUGAAAAACCUGAGGAAGGAGCUACAGCCAGUCCUGGGAAGAAGGCAAUAGAACUGCAGCCUGACAGCACAGAAAAAACCUCAGAAGCAAAGAAAGAGGAUUAACAUGGACUGUUUAUUUAGGAUCAUGUUAAUCUGUAACAUAUAAUGUUUUUCCCAUUUUUAUAAAUUGUUUUCCCAUGUGAUUUUCUAUAUUGUGGAAAUUGUGGUUGGUUUCUUUAUCAAAUAAAGUUCAAAUAACUUGGAUGAACCAUCAUUUAUUUCAUUAAGCUUCCAUCAUAUAAAAAAUUAAUUUUUUUUUUUUUUUUUUUUAAAUCAAAUGAAUACAGCAGAUAAGCUAUAACAUAUGGCUAUAUAUGUAUGAUGUACACGAAUAAUGUGUUCAAAUUCAUGCUGAACAUUUUACUGUAUUAUGCUGGAGAUCCCUGGGUAUUUUUUCUUUAGUUUUUGUUCUUAAAGUGUGUGUGUGUCUGCU